GAUGAGCUGACAGCUUUUCUGAGAAGAGACCAUUUUGUGUCAGAGGAAGCCGUAUCUCUCUCAGAGAUCCUAACAACGGGGUCCUACAUUUAAAAAAACAACAGCUCUUACAUGGAAGAAGCUGAGCAUUAGGCAAAGGAUUCCUGGACACGCUGGAGGUGGUCACGCACAAGGAAUAUAUGGCUGCUCCACCGACAGUACUGCUCAAACCUUCUCUAACUGCCUAGAGGAGAAAACUUCACCAUGGAUUUAAGGAACAUUCCGUACCGUUCAGAUGUGCUUACCUGGAACCCAGAUGACUUGGCAGACUACUUCAGGACAUUAAAGUAUAAGGACUGUGAGAAAGUCGUGAGGAAGCACAGCAUAAAUGGACAACGGUUUCUGAACAUGACUGAAAAUGACAUUCAGAAAUUUCCAAAACUCCGAGUGCCAAUUGUAAGUAAAUUAAGCCAAGAAAUAAACAGGAAUGAAGGGAGGCUUUCUUUCCUUCCAAAAUGGGCCCAAACACAAAAAAGUCCUGAAGCCCCAGGAUAUGUGGGUCAAGACGACGGUGGUUGGUCUUCAUUUGAUGAAGAUGAUGACUAUGAAAGCCCUGAUGAUGACCAGGAACAGGAAGAUGAGGCUGACUAUGAAUCACCAACAGAAGAACCUGAGGAAGCAGAACAUGACAGUGAUGGUUAUGAGCCACCUCCAUCCAGUAAUGAUGAAGCACACCACAAUGUCAUAUUUCCUGCCAAGUCACUUGCAAACAACACAGAUUAUAUAGACAGACCUCCAACCACUCGAUCAUCGCAACAGCCUCCAGUACCACCGCAGCGACCCGGCCCAUCCCCAGUACCAGCCUCCUUUGGAGGAAGAGGUGCUUCUCUGCCAGCUUUUCCUCCUCCACCAAGCAACAAUGACUUAAGUAGAGACAGAAAUAUCAAGCCUUUGAAACCCCCAGCUCCUUCUAUAGACAGAAGCACAAAGCCCUCACUGGAUCGCCUUGCUCUGCCAUUUGAGAGAGAAAGCCUUGGACCAGGGAGGAAGCCCAGCACUCCUGAAAAGCCUCUGGCUUUACAGCUAAGAUCCCUGGGUGAACAGCUAGCAAUGAUGCCAAAACCUUCUGUCCCACCCAGUGACAGAUAUGAAAGAGGCAAUCCAUCUCCUCUAAGGAAGCCAACCCCUGUAAAGCAAUGUUGGCCACCACACAAAACCCCUCAAGAAGAAGACAACACGGCACCCCAAAGACCAGUGCCACAGAUAUCUUUGCCCCCAUACAGCUCCAAUACAUUCCCAUCCAAAUCUGUCAAGCCUCCACCUAAGCCAAGCUCCAGCACUCUGCCUGGUGCAGAAAGUGCUAGAAACCGCUCUUCAACUGGCUCACUACCACCACGCUUACAUCUAGGAAGCUACAGCAGAUCCCCUUCAAGAGGUGCAGCUGACGUAAGACCUCCUCUGCCAAUUCCUAGCAGACAGACUGCCCACCAAACUAACACGGAGGAAGAUGAGGACUCACUACACAAUGAAUGGUAUGUUGCCUAUGUUAGCCGGCCACAAGCAGAAGCAGCUCUUCGGAAGAUAAACAAGGAUGGAACAUUCUUGGUAAGAGACAGCUCAAGAAAAACCGUUACUCACCCUUAUGUCCUGAUGGUGUUGUACAGAGAUAAAGUAUACAACAUCCAGAUUCGUUACCAGGAGCAAAACCACUUAUAUUUGUUAGGAACUGGCUUAAAAGGAAAAGAGGAUUUUUCUUCUGUAGCAGAUAUCAUAGAUUACUUCCAAAGAACGCCUCUCCUUCUGAUUGAUGGGAAAGACAGAGGUUCAAGAAACCAGUGCAUGUUAAAAUAUGCUGCAGGACAUAUUUAGAUGAGACCUUAAGGACGAUUACAUAUAAUACUGAAGCGUUCUGAAGUCUGUAAACAUCAGGAUGUUGCCUUUUACAGCAAACAAAAACCAUGAAGUCAUUAAAAAUCCUUUUGAUUUUAAGCAAAAAGGACAAUGUUAUUUUUUAAAUUAUGCCUUAAAUGCAGCACUCUGAAUCUGACUUUCUUACUAUGUGUUUAUUACAGCCCACUAAUCAUAGAGUGCAUGAGAAAAUUGUACCUUUGUGUGUGUCUUCUUGCAAUGACUUCCACGCCUAGUUAGAGCACCCAGAAAUAAACACCAACACAAGCCCCUGCUUUCAUAGGAGGAAAAUGGAAAAGCUAUUUUUCAGACUGGAAGAGCAGCAGCAGUUGUGUUAUGUAGAGUGAUACAGAGUAGACCCAAACCUUGUCAAAGUUGAGGAGCAGACAAAAGACAAUAAAGGCCCUGUUUUUUUCCGACAAUCCGCUUCCCUGUAAAUCUAACUAUGGCCACUUCUGUGAAAAGAGUGGGCCUCUGACCGGGAUCCUAAGGACACAUGGGUUUUAGAGACACCAAGAAUCCCUUAACACUGGAUAUGCAGUUCCUGUCAAGGUCUGUGUCUGUGUUAUUCAGCUAUGAAAUUGUCUUUGUUCAAAUUUUUUGAGGAAAAUAAAAUAUCUGCAGCUUUCAUGUUC